AUGGUAACAAUACAUAACAUAAUAUAAACGAAAAAUCUCACUAGAACAAACGUUAACAUGGUGAAUUUCUCCAAAAGUUUCAGUGUUAGAACUAAAUAUGGAGCGAUGGCAACCGUGGUUUUUGCCAGCAUUUAUGUUGUAGGGGCUUACAUAUCUCGUGCCCGAAAAAUGAGCAAAGAAGAGCAUCAAGGUCCUCGACUUACAAGGUCCAUGUCCAUAGCAGUCCUCCAUGGAGGGCAGCUUGCCUUGCAGAGAUUGUUCGAAUAUCACGAAGCUCGAGCAGACAAAUCUGCAGUGGAGAUAGCUGAAUGUGAGCUGAAGACUCACCUUGCAGAACAACACCCUGAUUACAAGAAGCUGCAGUCGGUUAUUGGGAAGCUUGAAAUGAGUGGGAAAGAAGCCCAAGCAGUUGAAAUAUUAAAGAAUGCAACAGCAAAAGCACGCAAUGAAGGAAGAAACCAUGAAGCAUAUGAAUACGAGAUGUUACUAGUAGAAAUGCUUAUAUACAAGGGAGAUUUUAAGGAGGCUCUCGGCCGUGAAUGCUUGAGACAUGCUGAGAUUUCGGAUGCACGGCGUCCGCUGUUCAAGGCUAUCGUUCACAUCAUAGAGGGCAACAAGAAUGAAGGGACAAAAUAUUGGAGAGAAUUUAACGAUCUAAAAGAAGAAUUCCAUUGUACACCUUGUAUGAAAGAAAGCAUGGAAGAAUGCCAACUCCAUAAACUCAGUACAAAUUUCAACGAGUUUGAGAAGGUCGUCGACAUCCUCAAAAAGGACAUAAUAGAGGUACAAGCAAAAAGAAACAAGAAAUAAGAGAUGAGCUUUUAGCUAUUGACUUUUCCUUGACUAAAAAAAGAAAGUUGGAAAAGAAAAAUCGCACUCGCAAAAAUAUAGUUCAUAGGGAAUUGAUUCAUGUUUGGUGUCGUAGUACUAAAUAAGAAUUCUAUAGUGAGGGUUUUAUCUAAGACCCUUAGAUGAUGUCCUAUUUCGUAAUCGUUAGAUCAAAUUCCUUAUAAAAUGACUCGAGUACUAAAUCUAAAGUUCAUUCUAGAUAUCCAAUGAACAGAGCAUUA